CAUGUUGAUCUGUGACUGCUGGAACACAGUGGUGUGAAUGAGGAUGUUCCCCUCAGGCCUCUGUCCACCUGGCUCAGCACAGCACGGUCCUGGAUCUAGCGAGAGAGAGGGUGACUCCCCACCCCACGCCUCAGUCCCCCUCACCAGCUCCAGAGUUCCAGAAUGGCCCCAGCAGCUAGUUCACAGAGAGCCCACACCAUGUCCUAACCCACGGCGUGCCCACAACCUCCCCCUCCCCCCCCCCUUCCUCCUCGAAACCUCCCCCCUUCUCCCUCCCUCCCCCUCUCCCUCUCUCUUCCCGCUCCCUUCUUCCUCGUCCUCUUCCUCCUCUCCCCUCUUCGCGUCUGUCCCAUGUGAGUGGUGUGGCGAGCACGCCGGAGCCAUGAGCCUGCAGAAGCACAUGCAGCUGGGCUCGGAGCGCGACCUGCAGUCCACCGCCUCCUCCAUCAGCCUGCCCUCGGUGAAGAAGGCGCCCAAGAAGCGGCGCCUCUCUCUGGGCUCGCUUUUCCGCCGGCGCCCCCGCGAGCCCAAGCGGAAAACCCGCGACUUGGCGCUGUCGGCAGGAUGCGCCGCCUCGGCGGGAGGGGUGGACGGCAUCGCCAGCGUCGAGAGCGUCCAUUCGGACACCUACCACGAGAAGGCCCUCGCGGCCGGGGCAGGAGCGGCCUCCAGCUCCACGGGGGUCUCUCACGCCUCUACCUCCUCAGCGGCGUCGUCGUCCUCCUCGUCCUCCGCGUCCAAGUCGGAGCUGCUGGAAUGCCCGUUGUGCCUUCUGCGCCACACACGCGACAACUUCCCCGAGAUCAUGACGUGCGCGCACCGCUCCUGCGCCGACUGCCUGCGGCAGUACCUUCGCAUCGAGAUCAGCGAGAGCCGCGUCAACAUUUCCUGCCCCGAGUGCGCCGAACGAUUCAACCCCAACGACAUCCGCGCCAUCCUUGCUGACCGCUCACUCAUGGACAAGUAUGAGGAGUUCAUGCUGCGCCGCUGGCUCGUAGCUGACCCCGACUGCCGUUGGUGCCCAGCCCCUGACUGCGGGUAUGCCGUGAUUGCCUUUGGCUGUGCCAGCUGCCCCAAGAUCACGUGUGGCCGAGAGGGCUGUGGCACGGAGUUCUGCUACCACUGCAAGCAGCUGUGGCACCCCAACCAGACGUGCGACGCCGCGCGCCAGCAGCGGGCGCAGAGCCUGCGCCUCAGGACCAUCCGCUCGUCAUCGCUCACCUACAGUCAGGAGAGCGGCGCUGCUUCUGAUGACAUCAAGCCCUGUCCUCGCUGUGCUGCUUACAUCAUCAAGAUGAACGAUGGCAGCUGCAAUCACAUGACGUGUGCAGUGUGCGGCUGUGAGUUCUGCUGGCUCUGCAUGAAGGAGAUCUCCGACCUGCACUAUCUCAGUCCUUCAGGCUGCACCUUCUGGGGCAAGAAGCCGUGGAGCCGUAAGAAGAAGAUCCUGUGGCAGUUGGGCACAUUGGUCGGGGCGCCAGUUGGCAUCGCGCUCAUCGCGGGUAUCGCCAUCCCAGCCAUGAUCAUCGGGAUCCCCGUCUAUGUGGGCAGGAAGAUCCACAACCGUUACGAGGGAAAGGACAUCUCCAACCACAAGAGGAACCUGGUGAUUGCGGGUGGCGUUACCCUGUCUGUCAUUGUGUCACCGGUGGUGGCUGCAGUGACUGUUGGCAUUGGGGUGCCCAUCAUGUUGGCCUAUGUUUAUGGGGUGGUGCCCAUCUCACUGUGCCGCAGUGGGGGAUGUGGCGUGUCGGCAGGCAACGGCAAAGGGGUGCGCAUCGAGUUUGAUGACGAGAAUGACAUGAACGUGGGCAGUGGAGUGGCUGCAACUGACACCACGUCGGUGGCAGACCCGCGGCACAACCACAGCCUUGGCGAGGGCAGUGUGGGAGGCCUGACGGGCAGCCUAAGCGCUAGCGGUAGCCACAUGGAGCGCAUCGGGGCCAUGCGGGACAACCUGAGCGAGACGGCCAGCACCACUGCCCUGGCUGGGGCCAGCAUCACCGGCAGCCUAUCGGGCAGCGCCAUGGUCAGCUGCUACAACAGGCUGGAGGUGCAGGCGGACGUCCAGAAGGAGCGCUGCAGCCUGAGUGGAGAAUCUGCAACGGUCAGCCUUGGGACAAUCAGUGACAACGCCAGCACCAAAGCCAUGGCCGGCUCCAUCCUCAACGCUUACACACCCCUGGACAGGGACAGUAAUGUGGAGGUGCAGGUGGACGUGGAGACCAAGAAGCCUCAGCACGUCAGCAGUGCGGACGACUGCGUAAGCCACACCUCCCGUUGUGCCUGGACUUGCCAAUCAUCCACCACUAACUCUUCCUACUGCUCUGCACGCUGGGCCAAAGAUCCCUCCUCCUCUUCGUCCUCCUCCUCCUCCUCCUCCUCCUCGUCUUCCUCCUCCUCGGGGAAGAAGCAUAAGGGCAAGUUGAGGAAGAAGAGCGGAGGCAGUACCGGUGGUGGCGGAACGCAGAUCAACGAGACGCGGGAGGAGCCGGACGCCCAGCUGCUGGAGUGCCGCAGCGUCCACUCCAGCGGGCCGGACUCGCCCUCGCUCAGCGGCAGCCUGCCCUCCGUGGCCGACUCCCACUGCAGCCAGCUGUCCGAGCUGAGCGCCGCGUCCGAGCCCGGCCCCCCAGAAACCCCCACCCCUGUUGCCGCGUCCGCCCGGCCCCCGGCACAGCUGCAGCAGCACGGACGCUUCUCCUCCGUCAGCCCCCUGCCCGAGGUGGAGCACGACCGGCUGGAAAGCUGCCCGGAGCCGACUGGCGCCGGUGGCGGAGCUCGCUGUGGUGGUGGCGGUGGCGGGGUCCUAGUCACGGCUGCCACGGGGUCCUCGCGCACCCCUGAGGCGCCCACGCUGUGCCUGAUCGCAGAGGAGAACGUGAGCGUGGUGCAGUCGGCUGAGCCGCAGUCCCGCAGCGGGGGAGACCACGAGGAGCCACGAAGGGGAGCCAACGUCAGCAGCAGCAGCAGCAGCACUAGCAGUAGCCCCAGCUCACAGCGCCACCUGUGGGUCAGCAAAGGCAGCUGCAUUCAGAGCGAUCUGUGAAUCGGACUGGGAAAUAUACAUGUACACACAUACACGGACACACACCACAAGUGCUGCAAAAAGACAACCCUGCCCCCCACCCCCUCCGCACGCACGCACACACACACACACACACGCAUCCCUCUCUGCACAGACUGACCGCACUGCAGUGCCUCACUGAGCUGGUGGCCCCCAGUCCCCACCCUGCCCCUAAGCUGGCCCUGAUUUGCAGGCCAGCAGCAGCAACAGCAGCAGCAAGGGUUUGGUUCUCUAACCUCUCCCAUUUCCGCUCUCACUUUGAAGCCCCUUAUAAGCCUGUAGCUAAGCAUCCAAGCGCUACCUUUUCCAGCAUAUGCUGUGUGCUGUGUCCCAGCACCGGGGGGUCUGUGGGAAGAUGUAGACACAAGAGCAGGGGCUGGCAGUGAGGUUUGAUGAGGUGGUGUGGUGAUGCCAAAGUGUAGCAGGCAGACACUAGGGCACCGCACUCUACCGGACUGCAUUAGACACUGGAGGUUGGGCCAUCUCCAGACUGUUGGAUAGAGAACCACUGUGUCAGCAGCCCCACAUACACGCACACGCACACGCGCACACGCACACACACAGACACACACACACAGACACACUCUUAAGGCUGCGUCUGGGGGCUUAUCUUAACCCACACACAUGCAAAGACCUAGUUUUCAGCUCUCUCCCAAACAGGCUCCAUGUUAAUCUUCAUAGGGACCAUGCAAUAAUUUUUGUUAUGAUGGGGGGGAAAAAAAAAAGUUUUUUGUUAGUAUUCUUUUUUUCCCCCCAUUUUUGUAAAUGAUCUCCACUGUUUUGUGAAGUCCGUUGCAUAAUCUCUUAUUUAUUUUUUUUUUUCCCCUUCACAUUAUUCUUUUUCUAAAUGGUGGUUGGUCUGUGGCUAUGCACCACCUGUUGUUGUGACAGUAAUGAUGAGUAGCACGACCCGGCUCAGAGAGCAGGAGGGGUCAGUGCCGGAUGAGAGCCGGAUCAGAGACGACUUCUCCACGGAGUCCGAUGCUUUUUGGGCCAGGGAGGGCUGCCAGUGCGAGCAUUGGCGCCAUCUCUCCAGCAGAGGCAGCAUGUGACGAGGUUCACCUGUGUCUUUCAAGGCUUUCCUAGUAGCAGCGGUUCUCCAGUAGCCAGGCACAAUGAAGCGAUAGGAUGAUGACCAAAACUUGCCUGUUUUCUCUGCCACGCGCAAAAAAAUUACAAUUUAAAAAAAAAAAAAAAAAACAGAAGGUGUUGAGGCUUCUGCUUAAUCCCACUUCAAAGAAAAUUCAGAUCGAUUUUUCUUUAUCUGCAAAUUCAUGGUGCCUUUUUCGAAUGUAACUUUUUGUUUACUUUUCGCUCAUUAAGUCUGCUCCUCAUGAUUUGCUACAGUUUUAAAAAAAAAAACCCGGAUAUAACACUUUAGCUGAAUGUCUCUCACUUACAAAAGUUUGGAAAUCGACAUCUUGAAUAAAAAGACUUGUGUGAAAUCGCCUACCAAAGACAGCGCUCAGCUCAGGCCCUUUGCCUAGUCGUACUACCUGAUGUCAGUCUGUACCUCCAGAGGCUGAUCGUAGCGCACCACGGCUGCGGCAACACCUGAAACCGACUCCGACAUGCAGAACUAUUCUGACUGCUGUUAACAUAUUUUUUUUUUUAUUUUGUCUGUUUGUUUUGUACAAGCUUUCCAAAGCCCACUUGGGAGUCUGUGAAGCCACGUUAAUACGACAUUGUGGCCUAGACACCGGCACUGUUCACUUGUCACAAUGUUUUGGUGUACAAGAAAACGUGUUAAAAGCAGGAUGGGCGCAGAAGACCUGUGAAACCCUGUUCUUAUUUUGGAAUUCCUGUGUCUGUUGCCAUCUUGGUGCCGUUUUUCUUUACUGAUCUGAGUUGAGGUGUGUGAGCGCCACACAUCUGCGGUCCCAUGUCUGGCGCCCUCUCUUGCCCCAUCAUACACGUGCAGUUAUGCGCUCCAGCUUCUGGUAUAAUUUCUCAUAUUGGUUCAGAAAAGCAUAUGGUGUUGGAUUUUUUUUUUUUUUUUUUUUCAAUUUGCUUUAUAAUAUGCAUGUCAAUGCAUAUCUGAAAUAAAUUUAAGGAAAAACUCAA